ACUCGCACAAGAAAACGAGUAAAAUGUCAUCUGUCCGUGAGAUGAGCGAGAUGUCGGUGGCAAUUUUAGUGGGCGCUGUGGCAAUCCUUCUGGGCGUGGCUCUAUAUAUCAUUGUUAAACGUCGGCGGCGUCUCAGCAGUGCUCUGGUGCCCUAUGCUAGACGCUCGCUGGUCCGUGUGCCCAAUGAAACGGAGGACCAAAAGGAGUUGCGGGAGUAUCUGCGGGAGCGGUCACGCUUCAUCCAUCAUCCGCCGGUGGAUCUGGGCAACCAUACGAUGCCGCGGGAGUUUCAGGUCCAAAUGAAGAUCAUCGUCCGUAUGCAAGCAAUGUAUCGUGAUGGGUUGCUCUUCCCUCAUCGACUGCCACCACUCCAACGCUGGGCGCGUUGCUAAGCGGGCGAAAUUUCAAAAGGCUAAAAACACACACCAACACGAGUUUUCAUGUGCUGGCAUGCCCACAACAGAUUCCCUUGUCAAAAAGUCGUCUAUCGCCUGGAAAUAUCAGAGAAAAGGAGGAACAGGAGACACCACAGAUGCCGCAGCCGGCUAUGAUGCCAGAGUCAAAGUUAUCAGUUAUCAAAUCAAAAAAGAAGUCCAUCAGGAGGUCCCCGAAAGAUAAAUUAACAUUCCAACAGCAGAGACUGCCAGAGCUGCCCUAAACAGACGAGCGAGGCGCAGCAGCAGCAGCAGCAGCCUGAGUGCCACACCUGUUGCACCAGUUUAUCGGAGCGGCCAACAGCCAGCGAUUGAUUAUUUUUUGCCGUUCACAAGUCAAAUUGUUUACUUGCUUAUGUAUUUUCUG